AUGACUCCCACACCUGCACGUACUUCCCGCACAAUCACCAUUGAUCCAAGUACCCCUACUCCCAUUUCCCGCAACCAUAGCGACAAGGCCAAAGGCAAACGCAAAGCCGAGGACAUAGACACCACACCGCCCGAGCAGAAAAAGGACGCCCAGCGCGCAACGUUUGCCGUCCCAGAGAGCAAUCGAAGUCAAAAGCUCUCUGCUUCAUCACACGCACCAUCAUCGUACCACCGCAAGCGCCCCCGUAUAUCAUCGUCCUCUCCUUUCGGCACCCCCAUCCAUUCGCGGCCUGUCUCCUCCAUCCAGAGCCACGGCACGAAUUUAGAGCAAGCGCCCGAGGCGGGCAAGUUCGGUUCCUGGUCGAGCCUAACGAGCGCCCGUAUCCUCUCCAGUCCUAGCGUACCCUCUCGUGCCACAUCCACUCGUUCAACCCGUCCCCAACAAACACCCAACAAGAACUCUCACACCAACUCGAUCGCCCAGAAUCCGAAUCACGCAAGACGUCAAAGCAUGUCUCAGGCGUCUAUCCCUAUCAGCGCGCUCGUGUCCCCGCAUGCGCCUUCAAUCGCACCUUCUGGCAAGUUUCACAUGCGAGAUCCUAGACGCCCACCGAAGAAACUUGCAGAGACGCCUUGGACACUGCAUUCUCGUACGGAGGAUGAGCCUGGGUCGCCUGUGCAUGCGUGGUGCUUCUUUGUGGGAUUCGCCUUGUUCCCUGUCUGGUGGGUUGCUGCUCUCUUUCUCCGCACGCCACACACGCGCGUUGUUGGUGAUGAGAAGGGCGUUUCACUGGAUGAUCCACAGAUCGAGCAUGAUGCAAAAGCAUGGCGGUUCCGGUGUCGCGUCAUGUCCGUGGUGUCGCUGUUUACAUACAUCCCCUUCAUCAUUUUGGUGGUCUUCUUUGUCCGACGAUAG